AUUUAUGACAAAAUGCUUCGGGAUACACAAGACCAAAUAAAAAUAAUAAUAAUAAAUACAAAUAAAAAGGUUUGUCAUUGUGAUACGAGACGGGUGGCAACUGGCAUAUUGGCAACCAUGGGCGGGAAAAGUGGGAACACCUUUUUUUUUGGCACGGCUGGGCUUCUGUAGUUUGCUUGUUCAAAUAUGCUUUUCAACCCAGUACCGUCGAAACGUUUGUAGCUUGUUAAACAGGACAUAUAGUAAAUAAAAAGAGAGAGAGAAUAUUUUUUUAAAGAGAGAGAAUAAUUUUUAAAACGUUAAGGGUGCUUGGACCCCCGAUAACGGCUAAGAAACUCCGAUGGUUUACUUCCUGGAUAGCUCGCAAACGUCAACGUCGUCAUCGUCAACGUCAUCUACGUCAUCAUCAUCAGAACCAGGCUGACGUCGCUCGUCUCCCGGCCUGCGCGUUUCACUCGGUGCACUUGACCUCGGGGCUGCCCUGCGUCCUCUGAUUUUGCCACCAGUGAAGCAUCUUUCUUUAAAUGGGGCAUUGCCGGCACCUUUGGAGGUCCCGGCGCCUUUGGAGGUCCCCGUUCUCGCUGGUCUUGCUGGCAGCAGCCUUCGCGCUCUCCUACGCCUUCUUUGCGGCACCUUCCGCGUUACAGGCCGAGUGCCCCGUCGUGUCGCCGCUAUUGAUUGGGCCUCAGCCCGCCAAUCUCACCUUCCCGCUUUUGACUCUGGAGGCGAUGGGGAAUAAAAGGAGCACGUCGGUUUCGGCGGGCGGAUUGUACCGUCCGCCGGACUGCCGAGCUCGGCACCGCACCGCCAUCGUGGUGCCGUACCGGAAGCGGCCGACGCACCUGGGCGCUCUCCUCGACCACUUGCAUCCUUUCCUGCAGCGGCAACAGCUCCACUACAGAAUCUACCUGGUGGAGCAGUGGGGCAACGGCACCUUCAACAAAGGCCGACUUUAUAACGCCGGCGUGAGGGAAGCUCUCCGAGACGCCACGUGGAGCUGCAUCGUCUUCCACGACGUGGACCUGUUGCCCGAGGACGACCGCAAUAUCUACGGCUGCCGCCGAGACAAGCCCUCGCACCUUUCCGUGGCCAUUGACAAGUUUGCAUACAGGCUUCACUAUCCACAAGCUUUUGGUGGUGUUGUUGCAAUGACCCCAGAGCAGUUCAGGAAGACGAAUGGCUACUCGAACCAGUUUUGGGGCUGGGGCCAAGAGGACGAUAAUUUGUGGCAAAGAGUGAUUCUGUCCGGCAUGCAGGUGGUGCGCCCCCCAGUGGCCAUCGCUCGCUACAAAAUGAUCAAGCACCAGAGAGACGCGGGGAACGAACGGAACCCGCGCAACGUCGACCUCCUCAGAAGAACCAAACUGGACUGGAGCUCGGACGGCUUCAAUUCGUUGACUUACAAGCUGCUCUUCAAAGAGUUGGAACCUCUCUACACUCACCUCAUGGUCGACGUCGGAAAAAAGGCCCCGUCGUAUCUCCGGGGAAACACCACAACGCCUGCCUAGCCUCAAUGUGGCCGAAAAUUGACAAGCGCCAUCUCGUUCCUGCUUUCUCGCGUUUCCUUUCCCGAUUUGAACCUUAUUAAAAAAAAACAGUGCUGGGAUGAAUUAA